AUGGUGAAGCGUGGAAAGAAUCUGAGAGUGAAGGAGCUUAUUGAGGAUAUAGAUGAGUAUGACGGUGACGACCCUCUCUUCCCAUGGAUAAAGUGUGUUAAAUGGGUGCAGGAGGCGUUUCCUCCGGGUGGAGAGUGUUCGGGUCUGUUGGUGAUCUACGAGCAGUGCGUGAGAAAGUUCUGGCACUCGGACCGGUACAAGGAUGAUCUUCGUUACCUCAAAUUCACUAAAGGGAAGUGGUUUAUCCUUUUGAAGGCGGAGCAUUGCGCUGAUGCGGAAGUGAUUUAUAAGUUUUUGGAGGUUAAUGAUAUUGGGAGGACGCUUGGUUUGUACUAUAGAGAUUUUGGGUUGCACAUGGAGUUUAAGGGUAAGGUGAAGACUGCUAAUGAGAUCUUCAAUCUCGGGAUCUCUAGGAAUGCAAAGCCUGUGGAGAAGUUGAAUGAUGCUUACAAGAAGUUUAUUGUGAGAACUAUGAGAAGGAUCAAAGCAGUUGAUGAUGAGCCAAAGGAGAAUGACUUACCGUCAAGAAGCUUUGGGACUGUAUUGUCUAGGGGAGAUAAUACUAAUGAGACAUAG